CUUGUGUUUAUUUAUUUAUUAUUUUUGUUCCGCAGGGGCAAGUAUGCGACAGUCAGACGGUGUCGAGACAAACAAACCGGUAAACAAUACGCGGCCAAGUUUCUUCGGAAGCGCCGGCGAAACGCUGACCUGCGACCCGAAAUACUACACGAAGUGGCCGUGCUAGAGGCUUGUACGUCCAACAGCCGUAUCGUUAACCUCUACAAAGUGUUCGAAACCAGCACCGAAAUGAUAUUGUUACUAGAAUUAGCACCUGGUGGUGAGUUACAAAUGCUCUUGGACCGGGACGAAGUGCCAUCUGAGCCGGAGUUGGCUCGGCUCAUGCGACAGAUACUCGAUGGGUUGCAGUACUUGCACUCCAUAAACGUUGCGCAUCUAGACAUCAAGCCACAAAAUUUAGUUCUAACUGCUGACUUCCCAAUCUGUGAUGUAAAAUUAUGCGAUUUCGGCAUAUCCAGAUACCUUAGUGAAGGGGUUGACGUGCGAGAAAUACUAGGUACGCCCGACUAUAUAGCGCCCGAAGUACUAAACUACGAACCAAUCGAUGUACAAACCGACAUGUGGUCUGUCGGAGUCCUAAUGUACGUGUUGUUAACUGGGUGCUCACCGUUUGGUGGUAACACCAAACAGGAAACAUUCUGUAACAUAUCACAAUGUAAACUCGAUUUUCCUGAAGAACUGUUUCAGGAUAUAUCUGAGGAUGCCAUUGAUCUCAUGAAAAAACUGAUGGUGAAAAACCCCAGGGAUCGCCUCACCGCCAACGAAUGUUUGGAGCACAAAUGGUUUCUCAGGGUGCCGACGACGAUAUACAAGUCGCCGUCGAGAGUAGCGGAUGAAAAACACAACGGGAACACAAGCAGCAGCAGCAACAGCAGCAUGAACAACAUCAACAACAACAGUCACAACAAUACCAAAGUUGCUUGCGAGUCGUCGGCGAUGCACUCGGUCGCGAAACCCAACGUCGUCCCCGUGUCGAUGGACGUGGCAGACGCGUCGAGCCCUGUCAAACAACACCACCAGCAGCAGCAGCUGCAGCAAAAUAAAACAUUUUCCGCGUUGUCUAAGAGCUGCGACAACUCGCCCGUGCCGGCGAUGAGCGCGUCGAGGCGCAAAUCGUUCAAAGACAACAUGGAGUCGCUGGUCAAGCGGUUGGAGCGCGAACUGGCCGACGGCGGCGCGGUCGAGUCGUCCACGGCCACGGCGACGUCGUCGUGCCGGACUCUGAAUCGCGCGAACGGCACGCAAACGAUGCCCGUGGGUGGUCUGGACAUUGCCCCGUUCACGUUCCGCCAGGUGUACGUGGUGGACGACCAGCAGCAGCAGCAGCACCACCACGAGUACCAACAGCAACAACAACACCACCAACGGCCGCGGGCCCCGUCCACGUCGUCGACGCCGAACAGCAGCAGCGCGGACAACUCGUCGGUGAGCGACUGCAGCAGCGACACCGUGAGCGAGUUCUCCAUCGACUCGAGCAGCGAUCGGUCCAGCAUCAUAUCACUGGAAGACUCGCUGGACCACCACCACCACCAUCACCAUUCCUCCUCGUCGUCCGCGUCGUCCAGCUCGUUGUCGUCGUGGUGCCGGCCCGCCGCGUCCAAUAGCCUGUUGCUGCAGCAGACGCGCAGGCUGGGCAAAACGUCCGCGUCGUGCUUCGACGUCUGGGACACGUCCGGCCGCGACGGCGGCCGCAGGAAGUGGCCAAAGGAGUGCAACGGCGCGGUGGCGCGGGCCAUGUCGCAGUUCGCCAACGGCUGCGGCGGCGACUGUCGGCCGUCCGCGCGUCUCCGGGUGUUCGACGACAGCGCCGCGAAACCUGCGGCCGACAAGCGGUACAUCGGGCUGGAACUGAUGCGCGAACGCAACGGCAACGUGGUGGUGAUCCGCGAGAUCAAGGCCAACAGCGGUAGCCGGUACACGCGGUGCAGCGAGCUCAAGUGCGAGUCCGUCCAGUCCCGAAUACGCAAGCUCCAGGUACACCGCGGCGCCGGCGUCCAGAUGGAAAAACCGUCGUCCAACAUCUUCUGACCGUCGGCCGCCGUCGUCGUCGUCGUCCGGUGACGGCGUGACGUCACCGCCGUCCCUGUCGCCGCAUCUAGUCCGCAGCAACGACCUCGUAACCGUUUUAUAUUGUUAUUUUUACUCCUUGUGAAAUAUAUAUGUAUGUACACCUACCUACCCUACCUACCUAUCUACUUACCUACCUUCCGCGAAACUUCUUUCUUUUAUCCCUAUCAUUAAAUCGUAUAUGCUUCUUGGUCGAUGAUCCGAAAAUACUCGAUCAUCAUCUUAUUAAACGUAAUACGUUUGCGUGUGUUGUUCACCUUUAUAUUUCCUACACUUUCCAACUAUCUUUUCGACCUUUACUUAAAACAAUUUUUUUUUCUUUUUUUAAAUUAUUCGAAAAUAUAUACAUGUGCAACAA